CUUUGUGACUCAUUGUGUCUGUGUGGAGGCGUCGGGAGGGCCUAGGUGUGCGUGCGGUUCCCUGCGGCCGGCCUGCUCCCCGCCGUCUGCUCCCCAAUCUCGCCAGCGCCCCCGGGCCGCUCCCGGGGCUCACGGACUAAUAGAGAAACACUGUUGAAUAUCCCCUGGUACAGAAAAGUGAGCACAGACCCCACGUGGAUCGAGUGUGUCCCCUGGGCCUGAAUGAUGACUGCUGAGUCCAGGGAAGCCACGGGUCUGUCCCCACAGACUGCACAGGAGAAGGAUGGCAUCGUGAUAGUGAAGGUGGAAGAAGAAGAGGAGGACCACGUGUGGGGGCAGGACUGCAGCCUGCAGGAGACACCCCCUCCCGACCCAGAGGUGUUCCGCCAACGUUUCCGGCGCUUCUGUUACCAAAACACUUUCGGACCCCGAGAGGCUCUGAGCCGACUGAAGGAACUUUGUCAUCAGUGGCUGCGGCCAGAGAUAAACACCAAGGAGCAGAUCCUGGAGCUGCUGGUGCUGGAGCAGUUCCUUUCCAUCCUGCCCAAGGAGCUCCAGCUCUGGCUGCAGGAAUACCGGCCCGACAGUGGAGAGGAGGCCGUGACCCUUCUAGAAGACUUGGAGCUGGAUCUGUCUGGACAGCAGGUCCCAGGUCAAGUGCAUGGACCUGAAAUGCUCGCCAGGGGGAUGGUGCCUCUGGAUCCCGUUCAGGAAUCCUCAAGUUUUGACCUUCAUCAUGAGGCUGCCCAGUCCCAUUUCAAGCAGUCAUCUCGGAAACCCCGCCCAUUGCAGUCACGGGGUAAGAAGCAAGCCCUCCCUGGCAGCCACAUCCCUGCCCCGCAUCAUGAGGGGAGUCCCAGAGAACAGGCAGUGGCAUCUGCACUGUUGACGGCAGAUUCCCAGGCUAUGGUGAAAAUUGAGGAUAUGGCCGUGUCCCUCAUCCUGGAGGAAUGGGGAUGCCAGAACCUGGCUCAGAGGAAUCUAAACAGGGACAACAGGCAGGAGAAUUAUGGGAACACAUUUCCCCAGGGUUGUAAAACCAGGAAUGAGAAUGAGGAGUCCACCUCAAAGACCGAAGCCAGGGAAGACUCAGCAUCACGUAGUCAGCCAGCAGGAAGAUUCCAGAAAGAGUCUGGAGAAAAACGUGAACAGCCGGGCAGAACUGUAGACAGGCAGCAGAGAAAUCUGGAAGAUAAAAUUGGAAAAGAAAAGAGAGAUUCAGGUCCAACGACAGGCAAGGAUAAAAAACCCACCCCAGGAGAAAGGGGUCCAAGGGAGAAGGGGAAGGGACUGGGAAGAAGCUUCAGUCUGAGUUCCAACUUCAACACCACUGAAGAAGCCCCAGCAGGAAAGUCUCACAGAUGUGAUGAAUGUGGUAAGUGCUUCACAAGAAGUUCAAGCCUUAUUCGCCAUAAAAUAAUCCACACUGGAGAAAAACCCUAUGAAUGUAGUGAGUGUGGAAAAGCCUUCAGUCUUAAUUCCAACCUUGUUCUGCAUCAAAGAAUCCACACAGGAGAAAAACCACAUGAAUGUAAUGAGUGUGGCAAAGCCUUCAGUCACAGUUCCAAUCUCAUCCUCCAUCAGCGCAUCCACUCUGGAGAGAAACCUUAUGAAUGUAAUGAGUGUGGGAAAGCGUUCAGUCAAAGCUCAGACCUCACUAAACAUCAGCGAAUCCACACGGGGGAGAAACCCUAUGAAUGUGGUGAAUGUGGAAAGGCUUUCAACCGAAACUCAUACCUUAUUUUGCAUCGAAGAAUUCACACCCGAGAAAAGCCCUAUAAGUGUACUAAAUGUGGCAAGGCCUUCACCCGGAGUUCAACUCUUACCCUGCACCACAGAAUACAUGCCAGAGAGCGAGCCUCGGAGUACAGCCCGGCCUCCCUCGAUGCAUUUGGAGCAUUCCUAAAGAGUUGUGUGUAAAGCAAGCAUCUCUCAUCAAGCCAUUUCCCCAUUUUGUUUGUAAAAUUAUUUCAGAAAUGUGCGCCCAUGGAG